GGUAACCACGCCUAUUCCUUGAAUGUGGAUUCAGUUUCAUUUCCAGUGUAUUGUCAUAUGACUAGUCUUGGUACAUGCGGAGGUGGUGGAUGGACGCUGGUUAUGAAAAUAGAUGGCCGCAAGAGGACCUUCCAUUAUAAUUCCCAGUACUGGAGCGACAAAAACUCCUUCAACUUACCAGGAGGAAAAACUGGGUUUGACUCGCAAGAGACCAAGUUACCGACAUACUGGAAUACACCUUUCUCCAAGAUCUGUCUCGGCAUGAAGGAUGACCACCAGCUCAACUUUAUUGUCAUUAACAGAGAGGCUGGAUCUUUUUACUCACUGCUUGCUGAUGGAAAAUACACGUGGAAGACACUGAUAGGCUCGCAGGCUUCCUUGCAGCUGCACUGCAACAUGGAGGGCUUCAAUUGUGACGGUGUAGUGACUAAAACAAGGAUUGGGAUCGUUUCCAACGAGUAUUUGAAUUUCUGCGAUCUAUGUGAUUCAAGAAUUGGUUUUGGUGGCGCAGGAUCAUAUGACGAUAAUAACUCGUGCGGUAACGUUGCUAUUAUGUACCCUGACAAUGGUGACAAAUACAUUAAAACCAUGAGAUACAUUUUCGUUCAGUAG